AAAUUAAUGCUGUUCAAGAGGAAGAAGAGCUCUUGUUCAGAAUGCCUAAUUAAUAACUAUGACUAACAAAUAUGUGACAGUGGCAUUACAUGCACACAUCAUUUGAUACAAUUUUUCACCAUCUUAAUAUUUAUUAUUUAUUUAUUUGAUGCAUUUAUUUGAUGUUUUUCAUUAUUUCAUUAUUGUUUAGGAAGAUCAGAAUGAUUCGAGCAGAUUUGUACUUGAAGACAUUUGCUUCAGACAGAUCUCAUAUGAAGGAUGCAAAUGGGAAAUGGCAGAAACCUCCUCCUUCAUACCCUUGCAUUGAAACUGCUGAUUCCAAGAUGAACUUAGAUGAUUUCAUCAAUAUGAAUCCCAAAGUGGGAUGGGGCUCAGUGUUCCCCUUAGUGGACUUUGUGUAUCGAUUUGGCAGACAGACUGAUUGCAGCCCUUCCUUGAAAGGACAAUGAAGUAAACAAAGAAGGUGUCUCUGCUUUAAUUUUGAGUCGGUUUGUUUUGUUUUGCUGGCCUCACAGUAUAUUUAUGAACUGUUUAUAUUUCUUUAUAUGGAAUAAGUAUUUGGGGAAAUCAAAUAAAGCCUUUUGUUUUGUAAGAAUGAA